GUAGAUUCCUCUGUCCCUUCCUCUCUCUUUCUCUCUCUCUCAUUUUCAACGAAAUCAAAAUCGACCUAACUCAUAAUCUCCUUCAAAAACUUCAAACCCCAAACCCCAAUCUCUCUUCCUCUGGCUGCCGGAAAAUGAAGAGCAACACCAACACCAAGCUCAUUCUCCUCCACCCUUCCCUCCACAAAUCCCCUUCCUCUCAUCGCCUCUGGUUGCUCUUUGUCGUCACUUUCUUUACCUUAGCUUUCACUCUCACUCUCUUCUCCUCCACUAUCCCCUCCGUCACCACCACCGCUUCCUCCUCCGCUUCUUCCUCCUCCUCUCUCCCACUCUCCGUUGCUACUGCUCUAUUACACUAUGCUUCCGCAACUAACACCACAACUCCUCACAUGUCCUCUGCUGAACUCUCUGCCAUUGCCACCGCUUUACACCAUUGCUCUCCUUGUAACUUCCUCGUUUUUGGUCUUACCCACGAGACCCUUUUGUGGAAAUCUCUCAAUUUCCAUGGCCGAACAAUCUUUCUCGACGAGAGUGAGUAUUACGUCUCUAAUUUCGAGAAGAACCACCCGGAAAUCGAAGCCUAUGAUAUUCAGUACACCACCAAGGUAAGCGACAUGGCCGAGCUUCUCUCUGCGACUAAAGAACAAGUUAAAGGCGAGUGUAGGCCUGUGCAGAAUUUGUUGUUCUCAGAUUGUAAGCUUGGCAUAAAUGACAUGCCGAAUCAUAUAUAUGAAAUUGCGUGGGAUGUGAUUCUGAUCGAUGGGCCUCGUGGGUAUUUUGCGGCGGCACCGGGGAGGAUGUCUCCGAUAUUUACAGCUGCUGUGAUGGCGAGGAGCAAGAGAGGUGGUGAGAAGAAGACGCAUGUUUUUGUGCAUGAGAUUGAUAGAGAAGUCGAGAAAGUCUUUAGCGAGGAGUUCUUAUGUGAAGAGAAUUGGGUGGAGACUGUAGAUUCUUUGGGGCAUUUUGUGGUGGAGAGAAAUGAAAAUGGCGAAUUUGAGUUUUGUGAAAAUUCGAACUCAUCAUCUUCGUCGCCAUUGUCGACGGCUAAAAUUGCAUCUUUAUCAUCUGAAGAUGAUGAUGAUGAUGAUGAUGAUUGAACUGGGUUUCAGAUUGCUUGUAUCAUUACUGUUUUUUUUUUUUUUCCUUCUUUCUUUUUAAAUAUAGAAAUGUAAUUUUAUAGGUCUAAACUGCCAAAAGGCAUCUCCGAGGCAAUGAUGAAAAAUCAAAUGGGGAUUUCUCAAAAGCUUUCAUGUUAACUCCUGUUUGUUUGCCGAGAAAAAUGGGAAAAGUUGUGAAAGAAAGACUUGAAUAUUCUUAAUCGGCCCCUUAA